UCAACUCUCCCUCUCUCCUUUCUUAUUGGAAUAUUGAGUCCUUCAAUCGAAAUGGGGCGCCUUGUUUUCUUGUUUGCUUGCUCUUUGCUUCUUCUGGUGGCUGCUGCUUCAACACCCUCUGCUGCAAUAGUGGAGCACACAUUCCAUGUGCAAAAUUUGACUCUUAACAGGCUAUGCAAUCGCCAGGUGAUUACUGCAGUAAAUGGAAGCUUCCCUGGUCCCAGAAUCCGAGUUCUAGAGGGUGACACACUGAUUGUUCAUGUCUUUAAUAAGUCACCUUACAACUUGACCAUUCACUGGCAUGGGGUUUUCCAGAUACUGAGUGGCUGGGCUGAUGGACCUAGCAUGGUGACUCAGUGUCCAAUUCGCCCCGGAAAUAAAUACACCUACAAAUUCAAAAUCAUUAAACAGGAAGGAACCCUCUGGUGGCACGCUCAUGCCUCGGCGCUCCGUGCCACCGUUUACGGUGCACUCAUCAUCCGCCCCAGAACCGGAAACUCUUACCCAUUCCCUAAGCCCUACAUGGAAGUUCCCAUCCUAUUAGGUGAGUGGUGGAAUGCUAACAUCGUUGAUAUCCAAAACAACGCAUUAGCCCUUGGCCGUGGUCCGAAUGUUUCUGAUGCUUAUACAAUAAAUGGAUGGCCCGGUGAUCUCUAUCCAUGCUCUACAAACCAAAUGUACAAGCUUAAGGUGGUGCGAGGGAAGACCUAUCUCUUACGUAUCAUCAACGCUGCACUCGAUAACCAGCUAUUUUACAAGAUAGCCAAUCAUAAGAUGACUGUUGUGGCUGUUGAUGCCUGCUACACCAACCGGUAUGUCACCGAUGUCGUGGCCAUCGCCCCCGGCCAGACGGUUGAUGUUUUGCUAACAGCGGAUCAGCCGCUCGGGUCUUAUUACAUGGCCGCGAGAGCUUAUGCAAGUGCAUUUGGUAUAGUACCGUUUGAUAAUAGUACAACGAGGGGUGUGAUCGUCUACGACGGUGCAGCAUCUUCAACAACGCCGGUAGUGCCGGUCUUACCUGCGUUCAACGACACCCCCACGGCUCAUAAGUUUUAUAGCAACCUUACUAGUUUGGCCGGUGGGCCUCAUUGUGACCCUGUCCCGGUUAAAGUGGACCACAAAAUGUUCGUCACCAUUGGAUUGGCGCUUGAAAUCUGCCCAUCAAACACAACUUGCCAGGGUCCAUUUAAUGUAACAAAGCUUUCGGCCGCCAUGAACAAUCAAUCCUUCGUGCCACCUACUGGCUUGUCGAUGUUGCAAGCCUUUUUCUUCAACGUUGGAGGAGUUUACACCACUGAUUUCCCAGCCAGGCCCCCAGUUCAAUUCGACUACACCAACGCAAGCAUUAACAGCAACCUGUCACUGCUAUUUGCUCCAAAAGGAACUAAAACCACCAAGCUUAAGUUUAACUCCACCGUGGAAAUGGUUUUGCAGAACACAGCUAUUCUCGGAGCGGAAAAUCAUCCGAUGCAUCUCCAUGGCUUUGAUUUCCAUGUACUGGCUCAAGGGUUCGGAAACUAUAACCCAGCCACAGAUACAAACAAGUUCAAUCUUUUCGACCCCCAAAGGCGCAACACUAUCGCCGUACCUGUUGGAGGAUGGGCUGUCAUCAGAUUCGUAGCUAAUAAUCCAGGUGUAUGGUUUAUGCAUUGCCACCUUGACGCGCACUUGCCAAUAGGACUGGCCACUGCCUUCGUGGUUGAGAACGGACCAACUCCGGCGACAACCUUGCCUCCGCCGCCAGCGGAUCUUCCGCUAUGCUAGACAUUAUUUUAUUUAUAUAUGAAAGUAGUUGACUUUGUUUUUGUAUUUGAAACUUCCCUCUCCAG